CAAAUCUCUCCCCUAUCCUAAUUGGGGUUUUCUGAUGCUGAGCAGAAUUCUGGGAAAUGUAGUUUAGGGCAAGGCCUGACAGGAGGACUGACUGAUACUUCAAUACUAGUAAGCAAAUCUGUGCUGGGCCAGAAAUACUUAAAUUGAAGUUUUAUUGGUUAAAAACAUUCAACGAGAUAGCUGUUGUGGCUUUAAAACGUUUUUGUAAAAACUUUUGUAAAAAUAUUUUAAAAUUCCCAAAAAUCACUAGACGAAUGAAUAUUUCUGACACUUGAGGGGAAUGAUCCUCUGUUAUCUUGAGUCAUUGUAUACCAAAUUCAAGGAGAUAUCUCUUGUAGUUUUUUUUAAAAAAAUGUUUGUAAAAACUUUGAAAAUUCUCCAAAAGUCUGUGGAUGAGUGAAACGCUCUGAAACUUGAUGGUAAAUAUAUUCUAUAAUCAUAGCAAGUUUCAUGCCAAUAACUUCAACAAUGAAGGAGAAAGAAGCCCCCAAAGUUUCCCGAUUGGCACAAUUACUUAAUGAAAAGUAACAAAAAAGUAGUAAUUUGUUAUAUUUACGAUACGGACCCCGUCUAAUUUUGGAAACACUAUAGAAAUGGUUCCUCCCCCAACAUUUUUUAUUGAUUCCACAAGCCUAGAAACCACUAUGGUAUUGCAAUUCUGUCUGUGGCAAUUUCAUCCCAAUGAUUUGUUGGUUUGUUUGGAAUUUCUCCCAGGUUAUCUAUCAUUACUGGAACCACAGUAGUUUUCUUUUCCCAGGAAUUUCAUUGGCUUUUUGGCUAAGACAUAGUGUAUUAUUGUUAUUCUUAUUAUUAACUACUUUACAGAUAGUAUCAAACUUCCAGUGGUGAAAUAAUACAUCUCUGCGAAUCACAAUCAUGUUGUGUUCUUGCUCAGUAUGAUAAAAUGCUUGGGAAGGGAAUGACACUUUUGAGAGCUAUGAGCAACACCCACUGAAAGAAAUGACGCUUAUAAAGCACUACUCUUAUGGAAUGUCUUCCUUGUGUCUGUUACCCAGAAAUUGCUUCUUUUCCCCACCCAAAAUUAUUUGCAACAUAUUACAGAUGACAUCACUGUUGCAUCAUGCAAAAUAAUGCAGCAACAAUUAUUUUUGCAAAUCUUCUGAUCCAGGCAGGAGGAGAAGUGAGUGUGCCCAUAUUUACACAUCUUUCCACAGGCAAUUUGCAAUGUUGCAAAAUGGGAUGAAACCCAAGCUUUCAAUCCCCCAUUAGUUGGCUAGGGUAUUCUAGGAAUUAAAGUUUCAAAAAAAUAUUUUCCAUCUCUAAUCAACAUUAGCAAUGAAGGAUAGAAGAAAUGGGAUAUUCAGUCAGAAGCUUUUCCUGUUUGGAAAUUCAUGAGCUGAGCCUUCUCUUUAUACUUUCACAUUACACUGUAAUGCUACACCAUCCAUUUUCUCAGUUUUCCACUCCAUUUCCCAAAAUUAUCAAGGUGUGUUUGAGAAAGGGUGGAGUAGGAAAAACCACUUCUGAGGAUUUACAAAAGCAGAGGGAUUCCAAACUCUGAUGCAUGUUCAGACAACUUGGUAAUUGGAGGACACUAUCAUGGAAAUAGUAUUUGCUAAAGUUCUUAUUCUUCACAAGAAAAGAGGUCUCAAUCCAAGUGUUGAGAUGCCGUGUUGAAAAAUUUGUGAACUGUUGCAAGGUUAUUUGACCAUAUACUAGAACUAGAAUGGGAGAACACCAAUACCAAAUACUGUAGGCUAUGUUUCAGAGCAAGGAACUGACAAACCUACUCUGAGUAUUCCUUGUCUAUAAAAUUUAUGAAAUCAAAAAUAUCCCUAGACGCUGAUUCAAGAGAAAACCUCUAAAAUGUUCCAUUUAUGAAAAGAACAAAUUAUAUACUUACAUCCCUAGUAUGAACAUGGGGAGGAAAAGAUACUAAAGUUAAAAAGACUGCUAGCAGCAGAGAUACCUAGUUCAUUAGACUGGGUCUGCGAGCUUUACUGAAUUCAUAGGAAAAGCCCAGAUCUUCCCUUGGAAAUUUAAAAACAAUAGAUUCAGAAAUGCUUGUCUCAUUCUGAAUUAAGUAGUUCUCACUCACUACCAGUUUUUUUAAUAAUCAAGUAACCUACAACACCUGGUAUUCCUUGGAGGUCUCCCAUCCAAAUACUAAGGCUGAGCAUUCAAGAUCAGACAAAAUGUAUUGCCUGUAAGCUAUAUUUGAGAGGAAAGAACUGGCAGAACCAACUGAUGUGAUUGCCAUAAAUCAACAGAUAACUUGAAGAUGCACAUACAUACACUCAUAUGUUCUGUGUUGCUUGUAGAGAAAGUUUUGUGAUAAACCAUUACCUUUAUCAUCCUACUAGCAUUUCAAAUGUAAUGUUGAGACUACUACAUCCCAUAUUUCUUAUAGGUGCAAAUGAUGAUGAAUUGCAUGUAUAAAUAUACCCUGAUAAUCAUCUGGUGAAACAUCCUUGGCAUUCUGUGCAAAUUUAAAGGGAAUAUUUUCCCCGUGAAAAUAAUUCACCUCCCUAAAAGCCAUCAAAUGUUGAAUAAGCAAACUCAGAAAUCAGUGUCUUGAUUUUAAAGCAUUUAAAAUGCAGCUCUAACAUCCAAAGGUGUCACCAUGCUAUUUGCUGAAGUAAAGAUCACAAUUAAAUCUAUAUACAAUUACAUCUAAUUUAUUAUCUCGUUGGCUUUAUCAUGGGUGUUCCCCGGAACUUUCCACAGUCUUUCCCCUCCUCUCCCCACCCUUGCCACACCCUUUCUUCCUGUGCUGCACCACAUACACAAAUUAAGGCCAGUUCUCCAGGCACACCUCUUCAAAUACCACAACACGUCCUGUGAGCACGUGACAGGUACAAUCUGUGACACCCUUUCUUGGUAAUAAAUUGCUAUUUGCUAUUUAUUCUAUUUCUGCUGUCUCUAUUAUGGCAGAAAGCAGCUUGAAUAAAUUAACAGAAUUUAGGAGCUGGAUGGUGACUGCAUUGUGUGACCCUGUCAAUCUGGUAUCUAAACUACGAGAGUUGAAUGAAAAGUAAUGCCUCCACCUUUGUAACUUCUCAACAGAUGGCAGUACUGGUAUGCAGCAGGCACUGGCUUGUUCAGUAGACUCUUCUCUACAGUUCCAUUUGGCGGGAAGCCUUAGCAUUGAACGGUUGUGUUGUUAAAGUGCGAAGUAUGGAACCCUGCACAGAUGGCCGGUCAAUGCGACUUAAACAAUGUGCAGUCAUUGAAUUCUUGACAGCAGAAGGUGUCACCCCAAAGGAGAUUGAUCAGAGAAUGCAAGCUGUUUAUGGUGAUUGUGUUGAUGUUAAGAAAUAUCUGCAUACCUGGAUCUUUGCAGGUAUGGUGGAAACAGACACCUGGGAUCACUCCAGCGAUGUAUUUAUACCCCACCCUUCUCACCCUGAAGGCGACUCAGAACACAUAUAUGGCAAGCAUUCAAUGCCGAUUUUACAAUGAACAAGGACAGACAACACAAACAGAGGUAAAGGCAUAUUAUUUCUGGAAUCUUGGAGGAUGAGUUCUACUCUGGCCACAGGGUGUGCUAUCACUCCAUCUUCCAUGCUGAGGAACUUUCAUCCCAAUUGAUGUCCUUAAGGGUGCCUUUAUUACCUCCUCGCUAAAAGCAGUACCUAUUUAUUUACUCACAUUUCUGCUUUAAACCUGUUAGGUGGGCAAGUGAGCUGGGGCUGACAGCAGGUGCUCACCCCGACCCAGGCUCAGACUGCCAACCAUUCAAUCGACAGGAUUUUUCUGCAGCACACAGCAAUUUAGCCUACUGUGCUGAGCCAUAUGGGCCUAUCUGCUCAGCAUUGGUAGAAAGAGAGGAUAAUUUAAUGUGAUUUUACAGGAGAAUUUCACACUGCAGAAAUAUUGUACUAUGAUUCUACUAUAAUUGACUUGUUUGCACCUUUUUAAUUGUGGGUAUGCCGUCACACCCAGGCACCUUUUAAAGCUUUAAGAUGUACUUCUUCCUUUGCCCAGGUGAACUGCGGGGGCCUUACUUAGAAGCUCUGAAAACCCCUGUAACCAAAGGCACUUCAAGUAGAACAAUCAAACAAAAUUUUAUUUUCACAAAGUCCUUGGCAGACUUGGCACACGUAAUUAAGGUUGCAAAUAUAAACAGUCAACCUUGCAGAUGUUCCUUUCUUGCUUUUCCCUUUUAGUUGCUGGGUUAACUUCCACCAAAGGCGAAGAGAUCCUGAGAUCCUCUUUACCCUAGCCCUGAGCUGCUAUCAAAAAGGUCUAUAACUAUCUAAGCUCAAAGCUAGUUUUUGAGGCGAAGUUGAUAGGGCUUCUUCCAGUGGCAAAGAAAUCUGGAGAUGUUCUCUGCCCCAGUGCCAAGCUACUAUUUGUAGAAAGAACAGGUCUUUCCCUAUCUAUGCUCGGCACUGGUUUUAAAGGCAGGUCAGUACUUAUGAUGGCCUUUACAGAGUUGGCCUGGCUUGGCCACACAAGCACAUCUAAGUUGUUUCUUCUUCAGUCUAGAAGGCAGAAGAGGCUUCUCAAAAUGGAGCCUUCUUUCCCCAGGAAAAGGGGCGGUCUCCAGAACAAACUGAUACAUUUGCAGGCUGCAAGCAGCAAAGACUUUUCUGAGCUGGCUACAAACUCUGCUAAUAGCCUAACUAUCAGACUGCCGCAGAAUCUGCAGCAACCCUGGAGCAAAUGCAAAAGGUGCUAUUUUCUACAGCUAUGGAAAAAUGCAAACCAAACCUCUGGGGGACGGAACAGUGGGGAUUUGUAAUCCGGUAAGACACUAAAGCUUUCUGUCUAAGAUUUUAAAGGAAAAGCUUCUCAUGGAGCACCAAGAAACUUUUGGACACAGGCAGAGGCGGUUCAACCACCAGGCCAACUAGGCAUUUGCCUGUGGCGCCAUCUUGUUGGGGGCACCAUCAAAGCAAUUCCUGUCUCCUGCACUCUGCCUCUGCAAGGUAUUGAACUGCUUUUUCUGUGGAUUUGUUGUAAAACAUGAUGUUUUAGUGCUUAAUUUGUAAAAUCUUAAUGUAAUUUGAUGUUUAAUAGGCGUUUCCUUAAUCCCUCCUUAUUAUCAAACAUUUUCGCUUAUCCAACACUUUUAUUUUUCAGUGAUUUUUUUUGGGGGGGGGGGGCGUCAAAAUUCUGUUCGCCUACACUUGAAAUAUACCUAGGGCCGGCUCUGGACACAGGGGCCACGUUGCAUUUUAAAAUUUGACAGAUGGGCUGGGCCAGUGGCAGAUGGAUGGAGAAUGUUUGUACAAACUAACUGGAAAAAAAUUAAUCUAAUUUUGAAAUUGAUGACAGCAUUCUAAUUUAUUGCAGAAGGGUCUUUUUAAGGUGCAGUUUCUUGUAUUUUAUCAUUAUUGUUAGGUUGUUAUAUUAUCAUAUACUUUUUAAUUAAUGAUAUUUGAAUUUAAAAUUUCUAGAUACACAUUUAUAUACAAUAGUUCUUUGAAUGCAACAUGUACUCUGCUAUAUUACACUUAUGUGAUUAACUACUUUCUAAAAAUACUGACUAUAAAUACUACAUCUAAUUUUGAAAUUGAUGACAGCAUUCUAAUUUAUUGCAGAAGGGUCUUUUUAAGGUGCAGUUUCCUGUAUUUUAUCAUUAUUGUUAGGUUGUUACAUUAUCAUAUACUUUUUAAUUAAUGAUAUUUGAAUUUAAAGACAUAUUUAACUAUAUCUAAAUUUUGUUAUAAACAAGUUUUGAAGUCCUAUCUUGUUGUAAAUUUCUUUGUGUAUCAUGCCAGGAGAAAGGCAAGGUUAAAAAACAUACUUUGAAUCGCUGGAGGUUAUUUAUAAAUAAAAAUAAUAUUAUCAAUAUUACCUUGAUCAGAUGGAAAAUAAACAAUUGUCCCACCUUUGGACCGUUUACAUAAAUAAUCUCAAUGAAAGCCAUAAUAAACAAAGAAAAAAAACAUGAUCAGGGACUGUUUUCAGACAAAAAGAAGGCUAGAUAAAUGCUGGUACAGUACAUACUUGUCAUAUGUAUUUUAGAUAUUCAAAAGGGGAAAGAAGCCUUGAUGGCUCUUUCAGCACUAACAGGUUUAUUUUAACAGAAGCUUUAAGGGAUUAUAAUUUUUUCCUCAAAUGAUUUAACUAAAUUAUCUUAACCUCAGGCACAGUUACAUGGUUGUGUGGGUGGGAACUCAAAGUGAAACUGGAUUUUAAAAAUGACAAUUGUAUUAUGAACAAUAGUUGCAUACCUUUAAGGGUGAGUUAGCACAAAUAACAGGAUGUUUCUAAAUUCAUUCCUAAGGCUGCUGAGUUUUUAAUAGUUAUUUAAGUAUUAAAUCACCAUGCUUUACUUAAAGAUGCAAAAUUUCCAGAUUGCUUUUGAAUGGGUGGGGAAGAAAUCAGAAAUUUUCAGAAAAGUUGAAAAAUGCAGUAUUAGCACCUUUUACUGAUUGAAAUCCACAUUGUUUAGCAAUGUAGAAUGUUUUGUGUAUAACUUAGUUUGGCAUUAGUUUGUGGUCAUUAUUUUUAUAAUAGAGAUACAAUUAACAAGGAAAGAAUAAGCAUGGGAUUCUGGUUACAAAACAACAGCAGUUCAACAUGGUUUUUUUUCAGCAAACGUUUUACACAAAACUAACAAUAGGCACAUUUGAAAAGAAAUAGGUUAGAUAAGAAAAAGAAAAUGUUUUGAAUGUUCUGGAGACCACUUCAAUGUUUCCAGAAAUUUCUUUACCUUUCAACAGACUUGACUUUUUCUAUGAUUUCCAUUUUUGUGACCAAUUUUAUAGAUCCAAUCUUUUUUUAACAUGCUUAAGUGACCUGAUGAGGCUUAUCUGCUCCCCCCUUUUCUUUGUUUUACUGUUAUAAAAAGAUCAGAGAAAAGGAAACCAGGGCCAGGAAUUAAGUGCUUCUAUAUCCAAUGUGGGGAACUGUCCCCUUGCCCCAAUAUACGGUACUGGAAACCAGAAUCAUAUCCAUGUCCACUGUUUAUGUUUUCUUUCUUGAAAAUUCUCUGCAGACUGACAAUUGAUGGCUCACACACUGGUGCCAGUAAACACUUCUUUGUGUAAUACUGCUGUAUAUAGUCUUGCAUGAAAGUCUGCCCACUGACUACACAGUUUUAGAAAUAAUGUGGAAAAAUAAAUAUCUUAACAUCUCAUCUUAAAUAUUUAAUUUAAUAUUUGUAAGGAAAGUAUUUCAUAAUCUCUUUUUCCCUGGAAAAUAAGGUUUUAGACAAAAAUAAGAUAAAAAUGUUCUAAUCUGAAUUUUUCUGAGCCUUCAUAUCUUUAUGUAUAUAUGCAUGUAUUCAUUGACUUAAUUUUAUCUGUUUUCUCCCAAUAUAGCAACUCAAAGAGGCUCGUCUGAAGUAAUACUCUACUUUGACUCAACUGAAGUCAUAUUCUUUUUGUUUUUUUGUUUUUUUUAAAGGGAAGGGCUAAACUAUUCGUAAAACUGUUGUGAAGGAUAGCCUAUUAAUAUGUAUAGAAUGCUAAGAAGUUAUUAUCCCAGUACUAACUUAAGUCUAUAGUUCAGAAUUUGUGAAAUUAUACUUCUUUGAGAAUUGCUGGUAAGUGCUAGGACAGAUACUGAGCAUUCCAAAUCUAUGCCAACCAUCUUUUUUAUUCAGAUCAGGCCUGUGCUUGAUUUCUCCACUUUUCUAUUUGCAUAAUCUCCUACCAAUAUAUGAAAGGAUAUUUGCUGCCUCAUAUUUCUUCUAUCAGAUAUAUUUCUCUUAACAGUUACAUCAAUAGUAAUUAAGUUAUCAUCAUAAUUAAAGCAAUAAUGGAGGAGGUGUGUCUACUAGCCGUCAUCAAAGAUAGCAGCUCAGGAGUGCCUUUAUAGUCACUUUAUAAUCCAAAGGAAAGCUGGGACAUCUUUAUGAGAGAACCUUUGGGACUAUUAAAAUGAUUUGGAUUACCAUAUGUAUAGUCAUAUUGGGAGGAGACUUCAGUGAGCCUUUAGAUGUCAGAGAUUCUAAUGAUUAACUAGAUGUGGAAGAGUAGUAAUAGCUGGAAGCAUAAAGCAGGUCUAAACAAUACAGGUACCGCAAUUAAUGAUGUCUCUGAGAAGAAAUCUUACUUUCACAAAGCAUACACAGCUAAAGAUCAGAUAGGAGAUUUAGCUGUAAAGGGGGUCCCCAAAGUCUUCUCCCAGGUAAGUAAGGUAUAGAUCAGUGGUUCUCAACCUGGGGUUCCCAUAUGUUUUCGGCCUACAACUUCCAGAAAUCGCAACCAGCAGAGCCGGCCCUAGGGAUUUUUCAAGUGUAGGCGAAAAGAAUUUUGGCGCGCCCCCCCCCCCCAAAAAAACCCAAUCAUUGAAAAAUAAAAGCAUUGGAUAAGCGAAAAUGUUGGAUAAUAAGGAAGGGUUAAGGAAAAGCCUAUUAAACAUCAAAUUACAUUAUGAUUUUACAAAUUAAGCACCAAAACAUCAUGUUUUACAACAAAUCAAUAGAAAAAGCAGUUCAAUACAUGGUAAUGUUAUGUAGGAAUUACUAUACAGUAGAGUCUCACUUAUCCAACACUUGCUUAUCCAACGUUCUGAAUUAUCUAACACAUUUUUGUAGUCAAUGUUUUCAAUAUAUCGUGAUAUUUUGGUGCCAAAUUCAUAAAUACAGUAAUUACUACAUAGCAUUACUGCGUAUUGAACAACUUUUUCUGCCAAAUUUGUUGUCUAACAUGAUGUUUUGGUGCUUCAUUUGUAAAAUCAUAACCUAAUUUGAUGUUUAAUAGGCUUUUCCUUAAUGCCUCCUUAUCAUCCAACAUAUUCGCUUAUCCAACAUUCUGCCGGCCCAUUUAUGUUGGAUAAGUGAGACUCUACUGUAUUUGCAAAUUUAGCACUAAAUAUUGAACAGGGAAAUAGGGCAGUGUGGACUUAGAUAACCCAGAUAGCCCUCAGUAUUAAAAAAAACUCUAAAAUCAGGACAAUAAAUAAAGAACAACACUCUGAAAACAGAAGAAAUCCAGACAGUAAACAAUCAGGGACAGCUAACACCUCCUAAAAAAAGAUUCUCCCCAGGCAAGAAGAAGCCAGGCCUUGAAGCCACAGGGCCAUUAAAUGCUAAUCAAGGUGAUUAAUUACAACAUUCACACCUGCUUCAAAGAAGAGUUCUUUCUCCCACUCUGGACCUUCUACAGAUAUAUAAACCCCACAUACCUAGCUUCCAAGUUCCCACAGACCACACAAUCUCUGAAGGCCCCAAAGGUGGGCUCACGUGGUGCGAAGGUGGGCCUGCGCUGGCCGGAAGGCCCAGCGCGGGCACCGGGAGGUCCGAAGAAGGAGGCGGAGAGUGGCGCCCUCCUCCCAGGACGAUGGUGCCCCCAGGGCGAUGGCGCCACAGGCGAGUGCCUAGUUCGCCUUAUGGUUGGACCGCCUCUGGCAGCCAGUUUACCAGCUGUUAGGAUUUCUGGGAGUUGAAGGCCAAAAACAUCUGAGGACCCCAGGUUGAGAACCAUUGGUAUAGAUUAACUCACUGUAUUCAGGUUUUCAGUGACUCACUAACUUGUCACAAGGCCACCGGAAAAGGUGGACAUUGCUUCGCUUCGCCACAGAGCAUGGGAAAGCCGCCGCCCCUCUCCCCACAUUGCCCGCCUCCUCUGGCUGUUGAUCCUAUGUGGGGAAACAUUAUGUGUGUGUGGAGCACACAGAUUCCCCCACUGAAGUCAGUGGUAAUACGGAAAGUCUCCCAUGUUACCACGGCAGUGCACCGGUUCCACCCUCCUUCACUCACUGAGCGAGCGCAACAUUGUAUGAUGGUAGCCGGCCGGCUCCAUGGGGGACCAGAGCUAGAUUGGCAUAUGCCAUCCAUUUUAGCCCCGUGUAACGAGGUCGUCAGCCUCACUGCUUCAAGAGAAGCUUCAAAGGACUAAGCUCAUUUUGUUUGCUAUAGUAAGAUACUACACAAUGGGGGAAAGACAAUGCAAACAUCUUUGCAUUUUGGAAGAAGCCUUCAAAUGAGUACAAAGUUCAAAGUCUUUAGUCACUUAUAUGAGACCUAUCUUAUCCGGUUGUUUUAUUCCAUGAUUAGUUUUGAAUUUAAAAAUCCUGAAACAUGUUGAAUUACUAUUUUUUGUGAUACAGAAAACUACUUUGUUCUUAGAAAGUUAUUUCUGCCUGUGAUAACAAAUUUUCUCUUAAAGAACUAAUGUCCUGGAAAACAUCUGCUUUGUCACUUGAGGUUCAGUUGUACUUGAAUAAACCCAAAAACUGUAUCAAACGCCAGUCUAAUGCAGACACUUUAUUUCUUUUUUCUCCUGAGAUGACAUAACUGCUCAAGGAUCCACACUAUGAAGUAGAAGGGAAUAAUUGAUUACAGUUAGAUCAAGCAGUCUGAUUGCGCCUCCAAUUAAAGAUUUACAGCUUGAUUAAUAGGAAGAACAAGGAACCAGGAAUCCUCUACUCAGACAAAACUUAUUAAAGUCUUGCACUGAAAAUUUUUGAAAUCUGUUCUGAUUCCUGUUAGUAAACACCUACAAAACAAAAAUGACUCCAUGAGAGACAGAUAUUAUGAGUAUUGCUCAAAAACUGGAGCUUAAUUCAGUUGGUAUCUUGGUCAAAGAACAAGAACUAGACUCAAUACUUUCAACAUCUAAAUGUCCUGCUCCCAGCUAUAGUUCAAAGUGCUGAAAUCAGCAUCACAGAGGCGAGUUGUCUCCAAUAUCAAGCAGCCCAGGGCCAAGACAGCUGUAAAACAGCAAGUGCAGUAGCAAUGUUGCCAAGAGGUGAACUGAAAGUGCAUCUCGCAGUUUGCUUUGAGAAAACUCCCUGUCCAUGAAAGUAGCCAGCUGACCUCACGCCCACGUUCUAGGCUAUAUCUAAGGAGCAUAUUUUCCAGCUGCCUUUUUCUUGAUAUUUGGAAUGCAACCUAUUCAUACAUCUUCAUGAGUUUAAGGAGUUUGGACGCUCAGUAAAUGCCUAGAAAUUCCAACCUUUGAGGGCUUUUUUGUAGGGUUUUCUUAAGCAAGGAAUGCUCAGAGGUGGUUUGCACAUCCUAUUAACUAAUGAAUUUUGAAUAUACAUUCAGCUCUUGCCUGAAUAUCUUGUUGAUUGCUGGAAACAUCAGAUUUUUUCAUAUACAAUGAUACCUUGACUUAAGAGUUUAAUUUGUUCUGUGACUGAUCUCUUAACUCAAAGCACUCUUAUCUCAAAGAGAAUGUUCCUAUUGAUAUGCUAUUAAUCCGUUCUGGCCCGCGCCCCCACCCCUUGUUUUUUGUCACUUGUUUUUAAGUAAGAAAAUGUACUUUAUAAAUAACAAAUAAUGUAUAAACACACAUUCACAUGGAACAAUAAAAAGGAAAGCUCAACUUUAAAAUAGUAGAAGCACAAAGUUGUGGCAAGAAAGCACAUGUGAGGCAACAAAAUGUGCUUUGGCCAGUGUAACAGCAAGGAAAAACCUGCACAUUCAGAUUUAUUUAUUUACAGCAUUUAUAUUCCGCCCUUCUCAUCCCGAAGGGGACUCAGGGCGGAUCACAUUGCACACAUAAAGGCAAACAUUCAAUGCCAUAACAUAGAACAGAGACAGAGACAAGACGCAGGCACUGGGCUGGCCUCGAAUUCAUGACCUCUUGGUCAGAGUGACUUGUUGAUUUGUUGCAGCUGGCAUGCUUUCCAGCCUGCGCCACAUCCCGGUCCAGAUGGAACAAUAAAAAAGAAAGAUCAACUUUUAAAUGGCACAAGCACAAAGUGAAGAGGCAGAAGCAUCAUUUUCUUCAUACUGUACUCAUUCCAGCCUCCCUCUUCCUCUUGCUUUCUUUCCCUCUCUCUCUUCAUGAAGCCAAACAUAUCAGGAAUAAAAACCACACAAAAUCAACUAACCCAUAAUUCCUCAAAGUGGACACAAGCACGAGACAUGAAGCAAGGAGGCACGAGACACAGAGGCUGCUCCCUUGAAGCCCUAAAGCCCUUGUACUCUUACGCUAGUGCUAAUGCUCCUUCUACUGCUAGCUCUUAACUCAAAGCACUGCUUGUAUAUCAGAGUGAAACCUGGGCUGAGCGGCAGCUCUCAACUAAAAAUGUUGUUAAGUUGGGAUGCUCUUAAAUUGUGGUUUCAGUGUACUAGUUUUGAGAGAUACUUCACAAUGACAUACUUCUGUGUUUACAUUCCUCUCAUUCCUAUAAUUAUUUAGAAGCUUCUCUGUUAUCUCAAUGAAACUUUAUUGCUGCCACUAAUGAUUUUGUGGUUUUAUGUUUGUGAGCUGAGAAAAUGUUUACUCAGAUAAUGCCACGUUAUAUAGGAAUUCAUCAGGGAGAUUUCCAAAGUUCCAAGGUCAUUCCGUUUAUUAUAUAUUUAUACUUUUUGACACACUUGAUCAAAAUCUAUCUAGACCCAAGCAGUACGCUGAGUUUUCAUUUUUAGAAAAGCCACAAGAAUCCACCAAGAUGGUACAUUCAAAAUCUUUACCAUAUCUGAGAAUGUUAAUUGAAAUACCUUUUUUGUUUCAUUCAUCAUUUUGUGAGCUGAAUAAUCUAAUGCAAGUAGGAAACUUUUUAUUUGUUGUGCCGAAUGUUGUUUGGAAGAGAAACCUUGUGAUUAAUAGCGGUAAUACCACAUAUGGUUAAACCUUUCUCCACUCCCAGUAAGACUAAGCAGAUCCUUCCUUGCUGUUCCAUGGCUUCCCUCCCACCACCACCCCAAAAGAAACCUUUGAUAGUGAGGAAGCAGAACAGUGGUCCAUGAAUCACAUGAAGAAGCAAGGCAGAGAGAUUCAACAUAGAAAGCUUGGGCACCAAAGAAUGAAGUGUGGUUGAGUGUGAAGAAAUAAGAAAUCUCCUAGUGAGCUAACAAGAAACCACCAAAGUGGUUGUACUACAAUCACACCAAGAUGUCUGAAAGUCUCCACAGCAUGCUGAAGACAGGACCAAUAAAAGUCCUAGCUAGAAACAACAGAGGGUUGCCAGUUUGAAAACCAGAGAUGACUCCUAUAUUUUAAUGGUUGUACAAACAAGGGAAUUUCAGCAGGUAUAUCACGUUACACAAUCAGAUAACUAGCAACGCUUGUUGAAAUCUCCUGAGAACAUUGUUCUGAGGUAGGAAAAGAAUUCAUGCAUCAGUCCUUCGAACACACUGAAAAGGUGCAACAAGCAUGUGACUGAAAUGAGAUUAAUUUACCCUAAUAGAGAAAGCAAUUAAUUCAAAGAUACAUAGAGCAUGAUUUCCUUUUUAGACAGCUCUUCAAAAUUCAUCAGCCGAAUUGACUAUUAUUGAAUUCUGAGAGUAAAGAUUUUCAUGAGUUUAUAGUGCAAUUUAAAAAAAAAAAACUCAGCAAUAUACCCAACACUUGUUUGUUUUACAAAAAUGAGAGACAAUAGCAUUCGGCAUGCCACAUUAUAUAUAUAUAUAUAUAUACACACAUACACACACACACAUAUAUACACACACACACACACUAGCUGUGCCCGGCCACGCGUUGCUGUGGCGAAGUAUGGUGGUAUGGGAAAUAAAGUAUUGAGGAAUUGGUGGUAGUUAAGGUCAAGGGUAAAGGUUUUCCCCUGACGUUAAGUCCAGUCGUGUCUGACUCUGGGGGUUGGUGCUCAUCUCCAUUUCUAAGCCAAAGAGCCGGCGUUGUCCGUAGGCUCCUCCAAGGUCAUGUGGGAUGACUACAUGGAGCGGCGUUACCUUCCCGCCGGAGCAGUACCUAUUGAUGCACUCACAUUUGCAUGUUUUGGCAGAAGCUGGAGCUAACAGUGGGGGCUCUCUCCGCUCCCCCAAUUCAAACCUGUGGCCUUUCAGUCCAGAAGUUCAGCAGCUCAGCGCUUUAACACGCUGCGCCAUCAGGGGAUAUUAUUUCCUAAAGGUUGUGAAUAUACAAUAUUUCUGAUUGGUUUUUUUUUGUUUGUUGGAGGCAAGUAUGAAUGCUACAAUUAGGGAAAAUGAUUAGGAUGUAAUGGCCUUGCAGCUUUAAAGCCUGGCUGUUUCCUCCCUGAGUGAAUUUUUUGUUGGGAGGUGUUAGCUGGCCCUGAUUGUUUCCUGUCUGGAAUACCCUUGUUUUCAGAGUGAUGUUGUUUGCGAUAUUUUAUGUGCUUCUACUGUCUGUGGCCCUGAGAAAACAGGAUUUGCCAGACUUUGAUGAUGGGAAUACUUUGUUGGGAGGUGUUAGCUGGCCCUGAUUGUUUCCUGUGUGGAAUUCCCCUGUUUAUUUACUGUCCUGGUUUUAGAGAUUAUAUUGUUCUGCAUUAUUCUAUCCCAGUAAUUAUUUCAUAUUAAAGAAGAAUCUCACUUAUCCAACAUUCGCUUAUACAAUGUUCUGGAUUAUCCAACGCAGUCUGCCUUUUCAUAAUCAAUGUUUUUGUAGUCAGUGUUUUAAAUUCAUUGUGAUAUUUUAGUGGUAAAUUUGUAAAUACAGUACAGUAGAGUCUCACUUAUCCAACAUAAACGGGCCGGCAGAACGUUGGAUAAGCGAAUAUGUUGGAUAAUGAGGAAUUAAGGAUAACCCUAUUAAACAUCAAAUUAAGUUAUGAUUUUACAAAUGAAGCACCAAAACAUCAUGUUAGACAACAAAUUUGUCAGAAAAAGUAGUUCAAUCCACAGUAAUGCUAUAUAGUAAUUACUGUAUUUAUGAAUUUAGCACCAAAAUAUCACGAUAUAUUGAAAGCAUUGACUACAAAAAUGCGUUGGAUAAUCCAGAACGUUGGAUAAGUGAGUGUUGGAUAAGUGAGACUCUACUGUAAAUACUACAUAGCAUUACUGCACAUGGAACUACUUUUUCUGUCAAAUUUGUUGUAUAAUAUGAUGUUUUGGUGCUUAAUUUGUAUAACGAUUACCUAAUUUGAUGUUUAAUUGGCUUUUCCUGAAUCCCUUCUUAUUAUCCAACAUAUUCACUUAUCCUGCCGGCCUGUUUACGUUGGAUAAGUGAGACUCUACUGUGUAUUUCUAAUCUUAUAUUAUCUGCUCAGAACUGGAUUAUAUGAGGCCCCUUCUUCACAGCUGUAUAAAAUGCACACUGAAGUGGAUUAUAUGGCAGUGUGGAGUCAAGAUAAUCCAGUUCAGAGCAGAUAAUAUAAGAUUAUAAAUGGGUUAUAUAGCUGUGUGGAAGGGCCUUGAGUCUACACUGCCAUAUAAUCCAGUGCAAAUUAGAUAAUCUGUGGAAGAAGUCUAAGUGAGGCCUAAAUCGGCCUGUCCCCUAACUGAAACCUGGCUGUCCCUUGGUUGCUAGGCAACCAAGUGGGCAGAGAUUAGCCCUCUAAACUGGCAGCAAUUGGAUAAAAAAAAAUUAUUGCUCUCACUCUAAUUAGGACUUUAUUUUUCUUUUCUUUUUGUUGUAUCAACCUUGAGGCGUGGAUGAUGGGUUGUGUUGUCAAAUUUUGAGGUUGGGGGGCCUGUACUUUUGUUGUUUUGUGAAUUGCCGUGAUGCCAUCACUCUUUUAUAUAUAUACUAGCUGUGCCCGGCCACGCGUUGCUGUGGCGAAGAAUGGUGGUAUGGAAAAUAAAGUAUUGAGGAAUUGGUGGUAGUUAAGGUAAAGGGUAAACGUUUUCCCCUGACGUUAAGUCCAGUCAUGUCUGAUUCUGGGGGUUGGUGCUCAUCUCCAUUUCUAAGCCGAAGAGCCGUCGUUGUCUGUAGACUCCUCCAAGGUCAUGUGGGAUGACUGCAUGGAGCAGCGUUACCUUCCCACCGGAGCAGUACCUAUUGAUGCACUCACAUUUACAUGUUUUUGAACUUCUGGGUUGGCAGAAGCUGGGGCUAACAGUGGGGGCUCUGUCAGUUCCCCCAAUUCAAACCUGCGGCCUUUCGGUCCAGAAGUUCAGCAGCUCAGCGCUUUAACAUGCUGUGCCAUCAGGGGACAUUAUUUCCUAAAGGUUGUGAAUAUACAAUAUUUCUGAUUGGUUUUUUUUUGUCUGUUGGAGGCAAGUAUGAAUGCUGCAAUUAGGAAAAAUGAUUAGGAUGUAAUGGCCUUGCAGAUUUAAAGCCUAGCUGUUUCCUCCCUGAGUGAUUUUUUGGUUGGGAGGUGUUAGCUGGCCCUGAUUGUUUCCUGUCUGGAAUUACCUUGUUUUCAGAGUGGUGUUGUUUGCGAUAUUUUAUAUGCUUCUACUGUCUGUGGCCCUGAGAAAACAGAGGAUUGACCAGACUGUGAUGAUGGGAAUCCUUUGUUGGGAGGUGUUAGCUGGCCCUGAUUGUUUUCUGUGUGGAAUUUCCCUAUUUUCAGAGUGUUGUUCUUUAUUUAGUGUUCUGAUUUUAGAGAUGGUAUUGUUCUGUUUUAUUAUACCACAUUAAUUUUUAUAUAUUCUGAUUUUAGUGUUUUUGAAUACUUGGAGCCAGAUUGUAUUCAUUUUCACGGUUGACCGCAACACAAUAAUAAUAAUAAUAAUAAUAAUAAUAAUAAUAAUAAUAAUAAUAAUAGUAAGGAUAGUAAUGAUAGUAAUAAUAAUGACUUUGGUAAUACAUAGUGCUUCACUGCCUUCUCAGCUUCCUUUCUGGAAGAAUCCUUUCUUGGGAGGUGUUAGCUGGCCCUGAUUGUUUCCUUUGUGUAAUUUCCAAUUUCCUUGCUUUAUUUACUUUCUUUAUUUCUUUAUUUCUUUAUUACUAUCCUGGUUUUAGAGAUUAUAUUGUUCUGCAUUAUUCUAUCCUAGAAAUUAUUUCAUAUCAAAGUAGAAUCCUUCUUAUCCAACAUUCGAUUAUACAAUGUUCUGGAUUAUCCAACACAGUCUGCCUUUUCAUAAUCAAUGUUUUUGUAGUCAGUGUUUCAAAUUCAUUGUGAUAUUUUACUGGUAAAUUUGUAAAUACAGUACAGUAGAGUCUCACUUAUCCAACAUAAGUGGGCUGGCAAAAUGUUGGAUAACCGAAUAUGUUGGAUAAUAAGGAGGCAUUAAGGAAAAGCCUAUUAAAUAUCAAAUUAGGUUAUGAUUUUACAAAUGAAACACCAAAACAUCAUGUUAGACAACAAAUUUGGUAGAAAAAGUAGUUCAAUACGCAGUAAUGCUAUGUAGUAAUUACUGUAUUUAUGAAUUUAGCAAUAUAUCAUGAUAUAUUGAAAACAUUGACUAAAAAAAUGCGUUGGAUAAUCCAGAACGUUGGAUAAGCGAGUGUUGGAUAAGUGAGACUCUACUGUAAUUACUACAUAGCAUUACUGCGCAUGGAACUACCUUUUCUGUCAAAUUUGUUGUAUAAUAUGAUGUUUUGAUGCUUAAUUUGUAUAACGAUUACCUAAUUUGAUGUUUAAUCAGCUUUUCCUGAAUCCCUUCUUAUUAUCCAAUAUAUUUACUUAUCCUGCCGGCCUGUUUAUGUUGGAUAAGUGAGAGUCUACUGUAUAUUGAUCAUCUUAUAUUAUCUGCUUAGAACUGGAUUAUAUGAGGCCCCUUCUUCACAGUUGUAUAAAAUGCACACUGAAGUGGAUUAUAUGGAAGUGUGGAGUCAAGAUAAUCCAGUGCAAAGCAGAUAAUAUAAGAUUAUAAAUGGGUUAUAUAGCUGUGUGGAAGGGCCUUGAGUCUACACUGCCAUAUAAUCCAGUGCAAAUUAGAUAAUCUGUGGAAGAAGCCUAAGUGAGGCCUAAAUUUGCCUGUCCCCUAACUGAAACCUGGCUGUCCCUUGGUUGCUAGGCAACGAAGUGGGCAGAGAUUAGCCCUCUAAACUGGCAGCAAUUGGAUAAAAACAAUUAUUGCUCUCCCUCUAAUUAGGACUUUAUUUUUCUUUUCUUUUUGUUGUAUCAACCUAGAGGCGUGGAUGAUGGGUUGUGUUGUCAAAUUUCGAGGUUGGGGGGCCUGUAGUUUUGUUGUUUUGUCCACUGCCCUGAUGCCAUCACUCUUUUAUAUAUAUAUAUAUAUAUAUAUAUAUAUAUAUAUAUAUAUAUCUCAAAGUAUUUCCCAUUCACAUUUCUAACUUUCUCUAACAUAUAAAUAGUGAUGUCUAGCCAUUGUAUUAGAAUGGUGUCUUUUUCUAUACCCUACCUGAAGAACGCUUUCAUGUCUACACCCUUGAUCACUUUAAUAGCUCUUGUUUAUUCUGUUUCUAAUCCUAACAUAUCCUUUCCCAAGUAGUAUGACAAGCACUACGGCUUAAUCUGAGGUGUGGCUGAUGUUAUUUACUUACAGAAGACUGUUACGACAAUGCCAUGUUUCUGUUUUUUCUUCGUGUACUCUGUGAAUGCACACUAAUGGAGAGGCUGCGCCUGCGCAGGUUCCAACGGAAAACUCUUCCCAAGCUGAAGUUUAAAUUUUGGCGGUAGCCACGCCCCUCCGUCCCCGGAGGGCAUAAAAGGCAGCCCUCGGCGUCUCCUCCCCAGUUCCUUUUUUUCCGCCGCAAGGUUCACUUCGGAUUCUCAUGUCUACGACUCGCUUCAAGCGUUGCACUCAGUGCGCCGCUAAAAUUCCUGAUUCCGACGGCCACGCCAAGUGCCUCUACUGCCUCGGGGAGGCACAUGUCGUCGGUACCUGCCGUUUCUGCCUGGCCCUAACGGCUCAGGCUAGGAAGAAUAGAGCCGCGAGGCUUAGAGCGGCUCUCUACGAAAAAUCACUUGCCCCUGAACCCGCUCCGUCGACUUCGGGCACGAAGCCGCCGCUUAAUCCGGGAUCGAUGUCGGCUCCAACAGCUAAAGCUCCCUCGGUCUCGUCUAAGGCGUCCAGAGCCUCCAGAUCGUCUAAAGCCGCUAAACCACCGUGCACACUCACCACGGCCACGGUGUCGACACGUUCUGGUCGGGUCGGCCCUUCCUCGACAUCGAGCUCGGUGGCUUCCGUAUCCUCGGCUCGAUCCCAUCUCGGGGCUCCUCCGUCGACCUCUGCGAUGAAGAUCGCCUUCAAAAGGGCUCAUGAGGAAGCUCGUCGGACCCAAUCCGACUCAGCAAUGGUCCCUCCCACACCGGGUAAAUCCCUGAGGGUUCCAUCAAAACAACCGCUCGCUAAGAAGAGGGCAACCCAACGCUCUUCCUCUUCUGCUUCCUCCAAGAUGGACGUCCUUUCUUCGGCAACUUCUUCUAGAAGAUCCUCUCCGAUCGCUCCCGCUCAGCGACCUCGCCAACCUUCUCCUCAGCAACUUUCUGAUGGCGAGUUGCAGGACUCACCCCACCACUCCACUCAGACAGUGGUCAGGGUGCCAUCUCCUCGACCUGCCGUCUCUCAUCGUUCGUCUCGUCAACAGCUUUUUCCCCCGACCUCGACACCGGAACGGGGUAGACAGACCACUCGCCUGGCUCGAGCGGCCCAGGCCUCGGCCUCCAAAGAAACUCGGCCACAGAUGGCUCCUGCUCUUGAGGCUUUGCCGCCACCAGAGACUGUGUUGUCAUCUCCCCCUCAGUCCCCUCAAGGGGCUGGGGACGAUGAGAUCGAUAUAGAUCGCCCUGAUUCUUCUCUCUCGGCCUCGGUGGUAUCUCUAGGCCUUGAUCUCUCUCCUCCGCAUGACGCCUAUGAGGUGGACCCUCCUUCGCCUACCGACAACAUUCGGGCCUUCUCCGAGCAAAUGAUUAGAAUGGCUGAUGCCCUGGGUCUAGAAAUCAAGCAGACUUCCAAGGCAGUGACUGACCCGGUCUUCAAACGGGUCCAAGCCCAGGCCCCUCCAGCCACGCUGUUGCCAUUUUUGCCUUAUCUCCUAGACGUCAUCCAAUCUUCGUGGAAGACUCCUUCCUCGAUCCCUCCUACCUCGAAGAGAAUCGAGUCUUGGUAUCGUACAGAUGACGACACUUUAGAAUGGCUUAAACACCAUCCCGACCCGAACUCCAUGGUCGUUAAAGCUUCUCAGUCUUCCGGUCGCGAAUCCACUACCCCUGCAGACAGAGAGGGCAAAAGGUUUGACGCGGUCGGUCGGAAGCUCUAUUCCGGAGCCCUUCUACUCUGUAGAAUGGCGAACUAUGGGGCCUGUAUGGGGGCAUACCAGCAGAUCCUUUGGGAAAAAGCUCAGCCCUUCUUCUCUAAAUUGUCUGAUGAAGACCGGUCCGUCAUGUCCACCCUCCAGCAAGAGGCCGACUCGCUAGCACAUCAUCAAAUCCAGAUGGCUAAGCAUACGGGCGACACGGCCGGCAAAAUGAUCGCCCACGCCAUUGCCAUUCGUCGCCACGCCUGGCUGAGGUCGUCCGGCUUGUCUUCCUCCUCCAGGCAAGUCAUCGAAGACCUCCCCUUCGACGCCAUGGGCCUCUUUAAUUCCGGUACGGAUGAUAAGCUCAAAACCAACCAUGACUUUAAAGUUCUGGCCACUAAAUGUGGUGACCAACCCCAAACACACCGCACCAAGUGGUUCCCUCAACGUUUUCGGCGCUUCCCGCCUCCCUCUUACCGCCAACAAUCCUUCAGGCGUCCCUCGGUAUCGAACAACCAGAACCGCCAACACCCUCGACGGGCGGCUCAGCCGCAGAGACAACGCGGCCGUACCACCCCCACCGCUGGUCAACCUCACCGGCGCUCCUGACGCCAUCUCUUCCUCCAGAGACUCUUUCUUCGGUACCGAUGCGGCUCUCACUCCUCUGCACCUCUCUCUUCCGCCAAAUCAACCUCAUGGUCUCUUUCUGGACCGCCUGGCUCCCUUCUUUCACCGUUGGAAAUCUAUUA